UUUCAGUUUCUUUUAGCGCAGUGCCAGUGUCUUCACUAGUGAUUCUAGACGUUACUGAGCUCAGGAUGGGGGCCAAUGAAGAUGCUGAUCUGAAGGACAAAAAGGAAGGUAAAGCCAGCGAUGAGGAAGCAACGCGACUGCAACAGUUGAAGGGAAAGGGCAAGGCUGUAGAGCAGGAGGAAGAGGAGGACGAUGACGCAGACGAGGAUGAAGAGGAUUUUGAUGAGGAAGCAGAUGAUGAGGGGAGUGAUGAUGGCGAUGAGGCAGAAGACGAUGAAGAGGCUGACGACGAGGAGGAGGAAGCGGAGGAGAAGCCACCAACAAAGCGGAAGGCGGGUCGCUCAGCCAGCGGCAGUGAAGCUGGACCAUCAACAAAGAAGAAGAAGAAGCCCAGCGGUGGUGGUGGUGACGACGAGGAGGAGGAAUCCGAACCAGAAAUUGUGAAAGGCCUCUCUGGGGAUGAGGUGGACCAAAGCCUCAUCAUUGCUGGCGGCAGAAGGUCCAGGCGUGGCCGCCCCCAGUUUGGCAGUUCAGGUUCCAAGUACAAGUACGAAAGCAAGGAUGAUUCUGACGACGAGUGGUAGCGGAUUUGGCUGCCGUGAACUUGCAGUGGGACCACUGGCUGCCAGUGGCAGCAUGAUGACAUUGGCAUGAAUUAGCAAUUUCUAGCUCAGCCUGGAAGGCAUCCUCGUCACUGCGAGAAGAAGCAGCUGCCGAGUCCUGAGGUUGCAGCAUGCGAUUGCCCCACAGUGACUUGGCAUGCUGAAGGUAUAGGUAUCUAUAGAGCCUGUCAGCUGGUUUCCACAGUAACAGGUGUGAGACCUUGGCAAGUCAUGGGUGGCAACUAAUGUCGAACAUGAUGUUGCAACAACUGGACCUGCCCACCUGUAAGUGUUUGUCUCAC